AUGCGACCUCGGACCUUCCAGGCGCUCUUCACUCGAGCUGGCUGCUUCCGUGCCGAGGGCCGUCUGGCCGAGGCAGUGGACGACUUUGCCACAGCCUGCAGAUACGAUGCAACUCUCGCUGAUGCCAAGAAAGAGUGGCUACAAGCACACAAGGAAUUGGCCAAGGCGACCGGUGAUCAUCAACACUUCAGCAGAGUUGAAGUCCUGGCACUUGUGGCGGAGAUGAAUCGUGCUCAUACGGCCGUGCAGGAGGCGAUAAGUGAGCUCGGCCAGAGGCUGCUACUCGCCAUGAGGGAGAGGCAGAUGGAGCAGCACUUGCCUUUCCUGGCGGCGCACGAGCUCGUUCGGCAACAUGGCUUGCCAGCAGAUCCAAUCUUGGACUUCGAUCUGACGGCGGAGGCCUUUCAGGAAUUGCUUGGGCACUUCGAGGAUGAUGACGAGGUCAUGGAAAGCGCCCAGAGCAUGCUGCAUCCUCCAGGAAGAGGCGAUCCAGCCAGGGCUCGACAAAUUACAAUCCCGCAGAUCCUGGAGGCUCACAAGGUCAUGGUGCAGGAGUUGGAAACACUCUUGUCGCAGUUCAAGAACUUGUCUGCACAAGAACUCGAUCGCGUGGAUUGCAAGGCGUCGUCACGUAGUUUGCUCAUCUGGAGCAGUGCUGUGCUGACGCGCCCCGAGUUAAUCGAAGCCACCGCCGAGCUGCAGACGUACCUCGGCGUUUCCAGGCUGCAGCUGCAGCCAGAAGACGUGGAGGAGGCCAUACUGACGAACGAGAUGGAGCUGCAGAACGAUGCAGACUUCGUCAAGUGCAGCGAAGCUUUCCUGCAAGUGACAAACUUACUCUCGAUUCCACCGCCUGUGCCUCCUGCAUUUGGCCACUUCCAGGAAGAUCUGGCGAGCCUGAUGCAGGAACUGCUCACGGCCGCGGCGGAGCUGAGCAAGAAGUUUCACCUUACUCACAAGCUAGCACCAGCCGAGGGAGGCAGCCGAGAAGAAUUGAUCGAGAUGGCCGUUUCCUUCCUGAGCCAAACUGCUGCGAGGCCGGCGGCAGAGAAGGACAAGUUUCUGGCUGACAAGGGCCUGUCUCCGGAUGACAUCCAGGAGGCAUAUCGGCGCCUCGAGCAGCGUGGAAGUGGAGGUCCGGGUGGUCGCCAAUCUGGUCCCGGCCAGGGCCAUGGCCCCCAGCCGCCCGGUGGCCCGCAGCCGAGUGGGCCGCAAGCUCCCACCGGCCCCGCUCCGCCUAGCUCACCGCUGCCCCCGCGGCGACCGCAACUGCCUGCGCCGACCUACCCAAGUCCCAGCCCGGGCUAUCAGGCGAUGCCACCACCGUACCCCAGCGGUAGCCCUUAUCAGGCACCACCGGUGCCACCUUUCGCCAUGCCGCCCAUGCUGUACCAGGGAUACCCACCAGAACCUCCGUCUGGCGGGCCUUGGUGGGCUUGGCUUCUCGGGGGUCUUGGUGCAGGCUUGGUCGGGACCUUUUUGGUGAACCCCUUCAAGCCGGAGGACUUCAAUUUCUCGGAGGCGGCUUCAUGGCUCUCGGACGGGAGCCUUCCGGCGCCCAAAAGCGCAGAGCCGCUGGAGUCCGGCAAGUCUGAUCCCACCCCUCAAGCUGACGGAAAGGCAUCUCUGGAAGAGCUCCUUGCCUUGCUGAGAAAACAGAGUGAAGAGGCCAAAAACAAUGUCGAGAUGUGCGCCAAGACCUUGCAGACUACACAGGAGCAACACCAGAAGAUGUUUGCAGAGAUGCAAAAGGCUCUGCAGACUGUGGUGACGCAGAAGAGCUCCAAGCCGCAAACAAUGGAGCUCUCUGCCUCCACCAUCCAGGCUCUGGCAGCGAUGAUCCAAGGUGCAGGGUCCGACGGGACGAGCAGCAAGUCACUGCACGCUGUCGCAAGUGCACCUGCAUUGGCGACCAAAUGUUCGAGCCCGUCAGGCCCGGCAUCACCGGCACCUGCUGGCCAGCCACGCUCUGUUCGCGACUUCUUUGAUGCCACAAAUGGCUGUUUGCAGAAGCUGGUGGCAGAAAGCAACAGCAAGGCGGAGGCUGCCAAGUCGCUAAGCACUCUUGCGAUGGUCCUGUUGAAUUUGCUGAAAGAUCCCAGCUCUGAGAAGAACCGGAAAGUGAACACUUCCAGCUCUCGAUUCAGCGAGAUUUUCCGGAACAACAGUGCUGCCGCAAAGCUGCUCCAACUGGCAGGAUUUAAUUUCCAGCAUCCCAACUUCGUGUUUGGUGACCAGGCGGAACAGAACACGGAGGAUGCCCAACGCACCUUGGAACUCGUCCAAGACGCCCAAAGGAACUUGGACCAGACCUGGGCUUCCAGGCCAGAGCCCCAAGCAGUGCCCUUGGGAGAGGCUGCUCCGGCACCUGGAGCCGCCGCUUCAGCGUCAACGCCUGCACCUGCACCGGCGGCAGCCCCGGCAGCUGCGAGGCCCUGGGCACGGCCGUCGGCUGCACAACAAUGGGCAAGCCAAGCCCGAGACAUCCAAAGCGAGGAAGCUGCACAAGCGUCAACGUCCGCCGGAAGCAGUUCCGCCCCGCCUGGGCCAACACCAGCGCACCCUGCGGAAACCUUACCCCCUGCCAUAGCUCAUCCCGCGGAGGCCCCAGGCCCUGCAGCUCCCGUGCCGCAUCUUCCAAAUCCAACCCCACCUCUCCUCACGGGUCCUCCCAUGCAACAACAGCAUAUGCACUUACCCAUUGCUCAUCCAGCCCAAGCAGCUGCCGUCGUCACAGCAGCACACCCAGCGGAAGGUAUGUCACAGCCACCUGCACAGCCACAGCCAGCAGCCCAUCCGGCCGAAACCCCACAAGCAGCGCACCCAGCGGAAUCCCAGAAUCCUCUUGCAGCUCAAGCAGCACAUCCGGCAGAGGCACAUGCUGCCCACCCUGCGGAAGUGCCGAUGGUUCACCCAGCAGAGUCAACACACGCUGAGAUAGCCGCACCAGUCGAUUCUGGCGCAUCCGAAGAGCCUCAAAGCGGAGGUUGA